UCUGGGCAGCGCCGGAGCCAUGGGACGAUCGUCAGGCCUGGCCCAGCCAAUGCUGGGGCUCUGGUUCAGGAUCGAGAGCACGAAUCAUGGCUCCGGCCAGGCCUGCUCAGCGCUGUCCCACACCACACCCCACUGCCUGUUUCUGGGGGGCUUCCUGGGGAGGGGGGGGUGAGCAACACCUGCCCACUGUUCAGGGCUCGUCUCUUGAAUUUGGGCAGGUGGAGAUGUGCUCCUCCUGACUCAAUGGGCACUUGGUUCUGCCUGCCGUUGGGGGCGCUGUGAACACAGUGUGGGGGUGUGUGAUUUCCAACCCCCCCAGGAGGGCAACUUGCAGCCACCCCUCCCUGCUGGCAGGCGUAUGGGUGUGAGCGCUUCCCUGGGCCACAGCAGCGCUACAGGAACGUACUGAGCUGUGUGCCCCCCCCCGCCCAGCACACUGCCCACCCACCUGCCCUCUCAGCACCUCCCUACAAAGCCUGCCUGCCUGUGGGUCUGUACCAUGGUUACACGUGGGACCCAGCCUAGCAGGGCCCGUGGCUGAGUGGCAGUGGGUCCAGUUCACCCCGGUGUGACUCCAGAGUCACCUGCAGCAGGCAGGGCGUGUGGCUAGCCCCUUCCAGCCCCAGCGUCCCAGAGCAGAAGGAAUGAGCUGGCCGGCCCCCCCCGGCCGAGGUCAUGGGCCUCGCCUGCUCACAGCGGGGUGGGAGAGGGCCGUCAGGGCGGGAAUCGGAUUCCAGAGGCCUGGCUCUGUGUUCUGAGCACUGGCCUGCACUGCUCUAGCUCAAAGGGGCUGUGAAGCCUGGGGGAGGAGGGGGCAGAUGCGUCUGGGACAGGCCCAGCUGCUUCCUAAGCUGCUGUGCCCUGAUACACGGCUCACGUUUCCGCCUCUCUGCUGCAGCCGUGUUUCUGCUGGCCUGCGGCCAGAUCCCCAGAGGAGCCGCAACGCCGGGGGAGGGAGCCAGGCUGGAGAUCUGGGUGGAAGCUCUUAUCGGCCUGGACUUUGGGCUGUGGGGCUGGUUUGGUCACUGAUCCCCUCCGAGGGCUGGUUCCCAACAGCGAGGGGGCGGAGGCUGCGUGCCAGGACCUAGCCCUCUCCAGCUGAACCCUCAUCACGCCAGCAGCUCUGAGCAGAGUUCUCGCCCAAGGAUGUGGUCUCUCCUGCCAUUGUGGCUGGCGCUGUCCGGAGCAGUGGCCUCCCUGCGGUGCCCCGAUGGGCAGCUGUGCCAGGAGCUUGACGUCUGCUGCCAGGAUCCCGGAGGGGACGGCUACACCUGCUGCUCCCCAUCUCUGGGCUCCCCGCACUCCCUGCCUAUGACCCAGGCCAGCAGUGUGGCCAAGCCUGCCGGGACCAUGUGCCCCGAUGGUACCCAGUGCCCCGCGGAAUACAGCUGCCUGCGCACGCCGGCCGGCUCCUUCAGCUGCUGCCCAUUGUCGGAGGCCAUCGCCUGCGCCGACAGGCAUCACUGCUGCCCCCAGGGGUCCCACUGCAGUGCCGAUGGCAGAUCCUGCUUUGUGCUCCCAGGUCUCCCCGCCGCUGGUGCUGUCCAGUGCCCUGAUGGUGAAUCAGAGUGUCCCAAUGAGUCCACCUGCUGCUUGAUGCCCACUGGCUCCUGGGGGUGCUGCCCCAUGCCACAGGCCGCCUGCUGUGCGGACAAGGUGCACUGCUGCCCUCACGCCACCACCUGCGACCUGGAACAUGCCCGCUGCCUCUCAGCCACUGGGGAGCAGCCCCUGGGCAGCAAGGUGCCAGCCUGGAAGCGAGCCUCAUGGCAGGAAGUGCCAGUCUCACAUGGCGUCAUCACCUGCCCCGACCACCAGUCAGUGUGUCGGGAUGGCACCACCUGCUGCCAGCUGCCUACCGGCCAGUACGGCUGCUGCCCACUGCAGAACGCUGUGUGCUGCAGCGAUCGCCUGCACUGCUGCCCCCAGGGCACCACCUGCGACCUGCACCACUCAAAAUGUGCCUCGACGCUGGGCCAGAUGCAGCCUCUCACCCGGCUCCUGGAGGCCUCUGAGGGAGCUCGAGAGGUUCGCUGCGACGAGCAGACCAGCUGUCCUGACGGCAGCACCUGCUGCAGGCAGAGCACAGGGGCCUGGGCCUGCUGCCCCCUGGUGGAGGCCGUGUGCUGCCUGGACCACGUCCAUUGCUGCCCCAAGGGAUACACGUGCGACCCGGCGGAGGGCAGCUGCCAGCCGCCCGCUGUCUCCGUCCCCUGGCUGGAGAAAACCCCGGUGCGAGUGCGAGCGCCCUCCAGGGGCCGAGAUGUGCAGUGCGACCAGCAGACCAGCUGUCCUGACGGCAGCACCUGCUGCAGGCUGAGCACAGGGGCCUGGGGCUGCUGCCCCUUGGUGGAGGCCGUGUGCUGCCUGGACCACGUCCAUUGCUGCCCCAAGGGAUACACGUGCGACCUGGCGGAGGGCAGCUGCCAGCCGCCCGCUGUCUCCGUCCCCUGGCUGGAGAAAACCCCGGCGCGAGUGCGAGCGCCCUCCAGGGGCCGAGAUGUGCAGUGCGACCAGCAGACCAGCUGUCCUGACGGCAGCACCUGCUGCAGGCUGAGCACAGGGGCCUGGGGCUGCUGCCCCUUGGUGGAGGCCGUGUGCUGCCAGGACCACAUCCAUUGCUGCCCCAAAGGAUACACGUGCGACCCAGCGGAGGGCAGCUGCCAGCAGGCCCUGCUCUCUGUGCCCUGGGCACCCAAGUCUCCAGCUCACAUUACUGGUGCCGCCCAGAGCCGAAGUGUGAAGUGCAACCAGACGGUCAGCUGCGAGGAUGGGCAGACCUGCUGCAAGAGCGGGAUGGGCUCCUGGGCCUGCUGCCAUCUGCCAAAUGCUGUGUGCUGUGAGGAUCACCAGCACUGCUGCCCGUGGGGCUACACCUGCAACCUGGCCACACAGAGCUGUGAGAAGCACCAGGCCAGGCGGGUGCUGCCUGUGGGCCUGAGCCUCUCCGCCUCCCUGCUGCCUGCCAGUCCAGAGCCCAGCAACGAUGUGACCUGCGAUGCCCAGCACUACUGCCAUGCCCACCAGACCUGCUGCAAGGCUGCCACAGGCACCUGGGCUUGCUGCCCCUACUAUAGGGGCUCCUGCUGCUCCGACAAGCGACACUGCUGCCCCUGGGGCUACCGAUGCUCCAAGUCGGGCCUCGACUGCAAGCGGCGCUGGCCCCCGCGUUGGGAUGCUGGCACCCCCCAGCCCCACUGGCUGCUGUGAGGGCACUUCCAGGCCAACCCAGCACUGAGGAGGGAGUGGGGAAUCACUCUGACCCCUGUGUCUGUCUCACUUCCAGCCUUCGGGGCCCUUUUCUCUGGCUGUCCCAGGGCAUGCAGACCCUAUUCUCUGCAGGGCCUGUCCCACCCAGCCCCCCUGGAGCUACGUAUGUGGGCCUAAGCUCCCCCGCCCCCCUUGCUGUGGGAGUUUAACCCCAGAUGCAGCAGUGUGGGCGCACGUAUCUGGGUGCUUUGUCCUCUGCUCCUAUUGCUGCUGCUACCCCCCAAAGGUCCAGUAGGCACGAGGAGUGCCCCUUUCCUGCUGGAGGCUUGAAGGUUAAGGGUCCCCCCUCCCCUGCCUCUAGCCUCUUCUCCUUUUGUGGGUGCCUUGGAGCAGGGCUGGGCCUGGCCAGGCCUUGCUCCCCCACCAUGUGGGAGCAAAGGACACUGUAGGGCCAGGGAAGCUGGGCUGCUUUGCUUUCUACAGUCACAGGGGCAGCUGCAUCUCCCUCUAUUUCCCUCUGGCACUCGGGCCCCUCCCUGCCUCCUGUUGUGCUGGAUGUGAAAGCUGGGGCUGGGAAGGCAGCAGGGGCGGGGCGGGGCUGGAACAUGGGCUCUGCAGAGUCCAGCUCCUGGUGCCCUCCUGCCCCUGUCCCGGAAGGUGCAUGGCCCUGAGCUCCUGCUGCUGGGCACUCGCCCUUAGUCUAGUUCCCCUAUUCAGGGGUCUCUGCUGCCUGCCCAGCCCCUGCCCCCCUCCCAGCUGCCCUGAGCCCAGGGCUGGACUGGCACCAUGCCCUCUGCUCACCCACUCCUGUGCCUCUUAAGAGUGCCCCACCUGUGGCUGGAGCCUGUGCCAGGAAGUGGGGGCCUGGGGCUAUUUGGGCUGAAGUGGCUGGAAGAGAGAGAGAGAGAACCAAUAAAGGGUGUGGAGAAAGAUG